GUAAAUCAAAAUUGUUAACUUCCGCAAAAUGGCGGCACCCAUGCGCGUGAAAGCGAAGUGCUCUUGGCAAACAGUUAAAAUACCACAAGAUCUGCAAAACUCAGAAGUUUUUGAUGGAUUAGUCGAUAUACAGAUAUUGGAAGAUUAUGAUCUUGUAGCUGAAGAAAUUGAAAAUGACGAUGUUGAGGAAAAUUUGUCCAGGAAAGGCAAAAAACGUAAGAGGAAAAAAGAAAAACAGGGAGUGGCAGAUGAACCUGUUGAAAAGAUGAUUAAAAAAGAGAAUGUGGACAUCAAAUCCAUUGCCUCUCAGAAAGAUGUAAAGAAAGCUAAAAAGAAAAAGAAAAACAGUACAAUUGCAGCAAAUGAGAAGACAGCUUUUGAUCAUGGUGAAAUGAUUUCAAGUAAAAGUGUCCUAGCUGUAACCGAUGUUGUGGAAAAUACUGUUGAAGAAUUGCCUGACACAUCAGGGGAAUCCAAAGUUUCUAAGGGUAAGAAAAAGCGCAGAAAAAAGAACAAGUUAGCAAAGCAGGUUGUAAACAAGACUACACAGCAGGAUUCUGUUGAAUGUGAUGAAAACAUGGAUGCCGCUGAUUCUGAUGAGGAUGGCCUUGUGAAUGCUGAUGAAGAAUCAGACAUUGAUAUGUCUCAGUGGGCAAAUCUCUGUGUACCGGAUAUCUUAUUGAAGGCCCUGGAGAAACAAAGGUUUGAAACCCCAAGUGUGAUACAGACGAUGGCACUUCCUAGUGCUAUCAGAGACCGGAGGGACAUCCUUGGUGCUGCUGAGACGGGAAGUGGAAAGACGCUUGCUUUCGGUAUCCCUGUUCUUGCUAAGAUUCUGGCUGUGAAAGAACAGAAGAGCGCACAGAGAAAAGAAAGUCAAGAAGAGGAUGAUGGUGAAAAUGAAGACGAAGCUGAUGAGAAAGAAAAGGAAGCUGACAGUGGUCAAAAGAUGAAAUCAGAGGAGUCAGUACAGGACAACCCUCCCAUGGCUCUUAUUCUGGAGCCAACUCGAGAACUUGCAGUUCAAGUCAAAAAGCAUCUACAGACAGUGGCAAUAUUUACAGAUGUGAAGUUUGCUACAGUUGUCGGAGGUAUGUCAGUGGAGAAACAGAGGAGAAUUCUUGCAAAGCAACCUGAAGUGAUCAUUGCAACUCCAGGGAGGUUGUGGCAACUGAUUGAAGAGGAGAAUGAUCAUCUGCGGAAUCUUGACCAAGUGCUUUGUCUUGUGGUGGAUGAAGCUGACAGGAUGGUGGAGAAGGGACAUUAUGAAGAACUUACCAAAUUGCUGGAAUUCAUCAACAAGAGCCAAAGACGAGUCAAAGGCCGCCAGACAUUUGUCAUGUCUGCUACUCUGACCAUGGACCCAGGAGCCCCUAAACGCCUUUUCAAUAAGAAGAAAAAAAUCCACCAAGAUGAUAAGCUCAAAUCACUGACUGAGAGAAUUUGUGUUGGCCUGAAGCCCAAGGUCAUUGAUUUGACUCCAAAGGACAAGGUUGCUCAAACACUAACAGAACUUCGGGUGAACUGUAAGGCAGAUGAAAAGGAUUUUUACCUGUAUUACUUUCUGUGUCAACACCCUGGCAGAACACUGGUGUUUGUCAACAGCAAGGACUGUCUACGCAGACUCAACUCUUUGUUCUCACUGCUGCAGUGUACUCCACUGCCUCUCCAUGCUGAUAUGCACCAAAGGCAAAGACUGAAGAACCUUGACAAAUUUGCUGAAAAUAAGAGGGGCUUCUUAAUCGCCUCUGAUGUGGCCGCCAGAGGUUUAGAUAUCCCCAAAGUGGACCAUGUCAUACAUUAUCAAGUUCCUCGGACAAUGGAGAAUUAUGUGCACCGCAGUGGUCGAACUGCCAGAGCUUCCAACCUUGGAUUGAGUGUGAUGCUUGUGGGGCCAGGGGAGGCCCGGGACUACCGCAAGAUUGUGCAGGGUGUGCGGAAUGGUGAAGACCUCCCAGUGAUACCAGUUGAAAUGGAUUUGAUGCCUGCUGUCAAAAUGAGGGUUGGACUGGCAAGGGAUAUUGAUGUCAAAGAGUACAGAGUCAAGAAGAAGAGAAUGCGAAAUAAUUUCUUCACAAAGGCAGCUGAAGAAAUGGAUAUGAUAAUUGAUGACAGACAUCUCCUAGAAGACUUGGGUGACACCGUGGACCAAGAACAGGACAAGCAACAGCUCAGACAGAUGAAGUCGCAGCUCACAACCGCUCUACGGGGGUCACUGGCCCCACUACGUAUGACCAAAUACCCUACAAAGUCAGGGAAACUGCAGUCAAAGAAAACGGUCGAUUUACAUUGUAGUAUGUGAUACUGUGGUGGGGGUAUGGGGGAAUAUCUGUGUCGAGACUUUUGGUGUGUGUGGCGUGACUGAAUGCAGUAGAAUACGGCUAUAGCGGGACUUUUGGUUCCAGAAGAAAAAUUCCGCUGUAAGCGAGUUCCCGCUAUAUAGGAAUGCAAAGGGAAAUUACCGAAAAAUGUAUAAAAAAUACAUUUUAUUACCUUCCUUCCAUAUUAAUAAAAUUUGCGCUCUA